GUCUAUGGUUUGUGUCCAUUGUUUUUCUACAAUGUUAUUUUUCUGACUGCUGGUGGUGGACGAGAAAUUAGUUUCGAGUGAGUUUCGCGUUAGUGUUUCUAGUGUUCGUGUUCGAUACUGUGAUUUAUUAAGAAUAGAUCACGAAGAUGUCGUCACCGAGCGCUGGGAAACGACGCAUGGACACCGAUGUCAUCAAACUUAUCGAAAGCAAGCACGAAGUGACAAUCCUGAGCGGCCUUAACGAGUUCUGCGUGAAAUUCUUCGGACCUCCAGGAACGCCAUACGAAGGUGGUGUGUGGAGAGUACGCGUGCAUCUUCCCGAUCAUUACCCCUUCAAGUCUCCGUCCAUCGGUUUCAUGAAUAAGGUCUACCACCCCAACAUAGAUGAGGUGUCGGGGACCGUGUGUCUUGACGUCAUCAACCAGGCGUGGACUGCUCUUUAUGACUUAUCGAAUAUAUUUGAAUCGUUUCUGCCGCAACUGCUCACGUACCCGAACCCGAUCGACCCGCUGAACGGCGACGCGGCCGCCAUGUACCUGCACAAGCCCGAAGAGUACAAGAAAAAAGUCUGUGACUACGUUCGUAAGUUCGCCACAGAAGAAGCGUUGCUAGAGAAAGACGCGAUAACGGGGGUCGGGGCCAGCGCCAACAAGGCGAGCAACGGCAACGACUCGGACUCGGAGUCCUCGAUGAGCGACUUCAGCGAAGACGAGGCGCACGACAUGGAGUUAUAACACAGACUGGCCCGGACCGCAGCCCGCGCGAGGCCGCUCACCGCCACCGCUCUGUGAACGCGUACGAGAACAAUAAAAACGUUCGUUGAUUCGAAUUCGAAUUGUAACGGUUUUAGUUUUCGAAUUUCGAACCCGGAAGUCGCACUUUUUGAAAGUAUCGUUGAACAACCGUAUCCGUUUUGGCUUGUUUCGUUUUGUAUUCGAACGACAAGAGAUUGAAUAUAAUUGUUUCUUAAACUAUUGAGAUAUUAAAACUAAUUGGUGUAUUAAAUUUUCAGUGUUCUAUUAAUUUUUUUCGUAUAAAAAUUCGUUUUGUUUCACUCUAAUGUACUUACUCAAUGUAUUAAUAAAAUUACAAUUUAAAAUAAUAAUACUAUAUGACACCAACCAAAACACUAAAGCACUAUAGUGAGAUCAAUGUUGUAUCUGUAUUUAAAUAAUAAAAAUCGCUGCUACAGAUAAUAUUAAGAUAAUGGGGUUGCCAAUAAAAAUAUUUUUCCACACGCAGAGAGACAGCUUCAAAAAAUAUAUAUAUUGUAAAAAAUAAUUAAGGAUUCGAUCGUUUUAUGUAGAAAAGUUCAAAGUCACUCUCUUCUACGACUAAAGAAAAUUUUAUAUUCAUAGCGUUAAUUCGGAAAUGUAAUCGUAAUGAAAUUGAACGUACAUUGUUUUCUAAAAUGAAAACGCCUACCGUGUUCACAAGUGCUCACAAUUAGCAGUUGGCGGCUGAGUUUAGUGCUGCUCUGUAGUAUAGGUACCCAUAACAAGCGUCAGGGCUCCCAUCAGGAAAACGUACUCGCACAGUUCCGCGUUGAAUCAUAAACUUGUUGCUUUAUAAAUGAAGGGCUGUAAAUAUCCUGGUAAAAUUAAUACCGACCGAAACGCGUUCCCAGGUGAGUUUGGUUACACAAUGAACCUUGAUAGGCAAAUACGAACUUAAUACUGAAGUACGUCUGCCGCGGACAGCUGUCAACAUUAAGUCAACACAAAACCACUACGGCCUUUUAAUCCUAAAAGGUAUGUAAAUUUUUGCCAGAUCAUCAGAUUAUACUAAUUUUUUUUUGGUUGGUUCUUUUCGGCAUAACGCGGUCGGUGUGUAGCGAUGUCCUUGUAUUUUUAUCGAAUUGUAAAGACGGUAAACGGACCCUAGGAUUGUUGGUGAAUCGUCAUUAAUAAAUGGGGCUCGUGAUGAACCACGGCCAAGGGACCGGCGCGAGUGGACGUACAUUCAAUACGAUUUUUUGUUAAACCCAUAUAUGUACUUGUCACGAGGUGUGGUCCCGGGUGCUAACGACCAGAAAAGGGUUGCUCUUCUCCAGACGCAUCUUCCCCGUCAUUCAUAGUUAGUGUCUUUACUGUGUUUUUGUUGUAUUUUUGUACUUUACCCGCAUGGAAUACACUGUACGUUGUGUGGGUCCAGCACUGUGUAAAAAGUGACUUGUGUUAACGCCCAAUAUUCAAACUAUUUCCAUCACGAUUAUCGUUGUUUUUUUGUUGUAUUUUUAUACUUUACCAUUUCAUUAAAUAAAUAGGUACCUGCCUGCAGGUCUGCCAUAAUCGUGUCACUGGACCAGAGCACCUGGUGUCUUUUUCAUUAGGCCACUAGCCCUGUCUCAUCUGCGAUCCGGUCAUAGGUCUCUGAACGCUUGGGGUUAUUAGUCGAUAGAACCUCGAUAUAAUUCGAUAUUUCGACUAAAAAAUAAAAUUAGAGUAAUCAAUUUAGAACACCUCUUUUUUUCGAAUUUAUGGACAUGUUAAGUGUCGGUUAGCACUUUGGGAAGGUGCGAGUCUGUACCGUGUUUCGUUACGAGCGAGUAGAAUACGCUUUAAGGUUAGAAGCAAUACGACAGUCGAAGUGUUCACGUUAAAUCAGAGAAUCUUAUUGUAAAAUGGAGAAAUUGUAAUAUUAGAUAUUUAGGAUUUUAAAGGUUUUAAAUUAGAGGUAAAGUUGAUUUGAGAGGCCGCGGUCGAAUUCUGGCCCCUGAGCUCAAACCGCUUCAGCCUUAUCUGUAAGUCAAUGUUUACGAGGAGUGCAUUGUCGGUCAACGCUUUUGAAUAAGCCUUAAUUACCUUAUCUUUCUUUUUUCUUCCACGGUUCCGCAUGACGGAAUGGGGAGCUUGUUUACACUUGACCUCACGAAAAUUGCACACACUGUAAUGACCUCGCAUUUUGCAUCUCGUUGAUUCUGCUUUGCUUUGAAAGAAUCUGAACGUCUUUACUUCAUAUUGAAAGUUUGUAGUGCUAACUCGUCUAUGAUCGUAGACUGAUGAAGCAUGGCGUGUCUGCAACACCUCCCCCCCCCAACCCCGGCGCCGCAGCCGCCCCCCGUUAACGUGGCGUACGCAACUUGCGACCACGAGUCUGUGGGCUGAUCAAAAUGGCCGGGAUCACGAGUUUUUAAAGUACUUCUUCCGUUUUGUUAUCUCUUUGAAGGAGAAGGAUUAGCGCGCUUAUAGAUACAUUUGAAAACUGUCUCAGUACCGUUCACAGAGCUAGUAGCUACGGGCGCGAUCGAUCUAGUUACUUGUACAUAACUUGAAUAUGUCCGACAAUAGAGUUUAUCGAACUUAAAUUUACUAAACAGUGUAAAGGAACAGUCAGCACUAUCUCAUAGGUAUUAAUGUAUUUUUUUUAUUAUUAAUUAAUUUUAGUCUUAAUUUCGUUUGAAAGAAUGUUGUUUGGUAAUCGCGCUUCGUUACGUGACGAUGACCCCGUCUCGCGGUGUAACGCAGCUCUGUUAGUGCGUCCGCACCGAGCGUCGCUGUUCGCAGUUAGCUUCGAACGAAUAUUGCUUAAAUUAGGUAGCGCAUAAAGUCGAAUUUACGUUGUACAAAAACUGCACUUAUAACUUUGACUGGGGGGGUUUUUUUUUUGAUGUAUUAAAAUUAAAAUUGUAGAUUAACUACUUAAAUGAAUCUUAAUCUGCAAAUAGUCGUUUAGAUAUCAAUCGCAUUACACUAGAACCGAUUAUGAUUUGAAAAGUAUAAAUCUUGUACAUUCGACUUUAUAUCUUAAUGUCAAGCAAUAACGUUGCGUGCCUCGCGUGAGCGGCGUGAGCGCUUAUCUGUCGGCGGACGAAAAAAUAAAUAUAAUUAGCAUAUCGUUGAUUUGCAAUUCAAUAGUAAUUACCCGUACGUGUAAACAAAGAUGAAUAAAAAUCAAUUGUGACGCAUUUCGCAGUGUUUUAUGACCCGUGACAUUGCACACGAAGGUUCGUGCAAAUUCUCUAAAUUAUAUAUUUUUUUUCUUUUUUUUGAAUCCUUAUUAUUGAGUUAGAUCAGCGCGUUAUAUUCCUAGAAUGUUCACGGCAGUAUGUUGAUGCUUUCAGUGAGCGAGCGAUACAUACAAGAAGCAUUCUGAGAACUAUAAAAUCUCUAAUGAAGAUUUUUGUUAUGGCAACAGAAAGUUUUAGUUUGUCUAUAGUCGCGAAAUACACGAUCUGUGAUUGUUUUUCUUCCUUAUUUCCAGUUGUAUGUUCAUUUGUCAAUAGUGUUUUUUUUUAUAAUUAUAAAACAUCGUACUUAGUAUAAUUCAUAAUUAAAAGAAUAAUUUAGUUGUUUUUAGCUUGUUUGGGCUUUGGACACCGCCUUUUUUUACAUCUAGAACGUAAACCAUGAUGUGAAUAUAAUCUACUGUACAUUUGUAACAUAGUAACGGGAAUUAACGCAUUUUACCUUUAAAAAUUUGUCUCAAUAUUCUAAAAGAUAGAUGCAAAAUCUUUUUAAAAUAUACAUCUAUAAUCUUAAGAAAUCUGUAUUAAAAAUCUUGCAAAUAAAUGAAAAACUGGAUCACCAAUAAUAUUGUUGAUUAAAAUUAUAGGUACUAGUCUCAUAAUUUCGACGUUGUCGGGUAGUAAUUGCGUUAAUUCCUGAUAUUUUGUUAUUCAAUUAAGCAACCAAAAUAAUUUAUGAAUAAGUUUGUAACGCUUGUAUGAAUGUCGGCGGUGUUGCAAGCAAUAGAGGAAAAUUCGCUGUACACCAAAUAAUACUAGCAUGAAGAGCGCUGAUUCUGUCGUUUCCUGGGUUUGCUUGGCAUAAGUAAAUACUUUAACACAAUGUACUUUUUGUUUGAAGAACAUAAUGCCACAAAUUUAAUUGAUUACAAAAAAAAAUCGCCCAUCACUUUAAAAAGCUUUAAAUGAAGACAAAAUAAUGGAUUUUAAUUUAUUCUUCAAAUAUUUUUCAACAUAUCAAUAUUUUUUUUCAUUUACAAAAAGCUUCAAUUAAAAAAAAAAACGUUUGGACACAUAAUAGAUCUCUCAGUCUAUGACAUGUUGCGAACUAAAAGUGUUGCAAUUUGUAUAUUUAAGUGAAUAGGGUUAAACAUAGAUUUUAAAUUUAAAAAAAAAAAACGAAAAAAAUAUAUUAAUAUUAUAGACAUAUAUUAUCUUCGAAAUAAUAAAAAAAAACUAAAAGCCAUAAUAAUAUAUUUUGGUAUAAGAAAAGAAUAACGUAAUUUUUUGUCGAUGGUUGAUUUUGAUAAGAUUCCGUCAUGUCCACCCCUGCUUUAUUAUUUUGAUGAUAUUUUAAUAUUUUGACAGUGAACUGUUGGCCGUAAAUAGUACAUUUUGAAAGCAAAUUAUGUAUUUUUAAUAUUUGACAAUAUGGUGUUCCGAUGUCGCUCGAUAAAUGUACUGUAUAAGUUCCAACAACGGUUAUGCAUGUUACAAAAUUAUAUUAAUAACCAUUUUAUUUCUUUACAUAAUAUAAUAAAACUUACGUUAUUUUAAGUA